AUGGCGGACUUCGCGGUGCGUGCGGUUGGCGUGUUAUUGACAUAAAUCGAUUGUUUUAUGUAUUUCUGACGCAUUUACGAGUGUUUAACUACAUUUUUACACUUAUUUACUUGUUAUAUUAUGGAUCAAUCGAAAAUUAACAACUUCAGGCUGUCCCUCCUGAUAAUUGUUACUGUUCUGCUUAAUGCUGUUUGUAUGUAUCUGUUCCUGACUGGGUUCUUACCUAUAAAGACUGUAACAACAGGAUAUGCUACCCUGCAGGACGUUCCGGACUACAAGAUCCUGUCUUCGCAGCGUAAGGAUGGCGUUUACAAACGGAGCGUCGACAAGUUGGCGUUCGUUGUGGUGGAUGCCCUGAGAGCGGAUUUUGUCCCCUCGGUUAAGAGCGGUUUCUUUGACGGAGUCACCAUGCCCUACGUUGAGAGUCUUAUUCGUAGCAAGCAGGCGCUAGGAUUUGUCGGACGGUGUCAUUCUCCAACUGUCACGUUGCCGAGAAUUAAAUCCUUGCUGACGGGAAGCCUGCAGAGUUUCGUCGACUUGAUCUUUAAUCUGAAUGCAAAGUCUUUGGACGAAGACAGCUUUGUUUUUCAGGCGUCGAAACAUUCCAAGACAAUGGUCUUCUACGGUGACGAUACUUGGUUGAGGCUCUUUCCAAAUCGUUUUGCUCGAAGCGAAGGAACCACUUCGUUCUUUGUCUCCGAUUAUACAGAAGUGGAUAAGAAUGUAACAGGACAUUUAGAAUCAGAGUUAUCAUCAUUGGAUUGGGACGUACUCUUCCUGCAUUAUCUCGGCGUCGAUCACAUCGGACAUUUGGCGGGUCCGGAUUCUCCGCUUCUACCUCCCAAACUUCAGGAAAUGGACGGUGUUAUUGAAAUGAUUCACAAAGCUCUUAAACAAAGAAAACGUAACAGUUCUCUACCUGAUUUAAUUGUGGUAACGGGCGAUCAUGGUAUGAGCAUUGGGGGAAAUCACGGCGGAGUGUCACGACUGGAAGUUUCCGUUCCCGUUAUUAUUCUGUCGACGGAUGAAGAGAAAGUUUCUCAGUUCGAGAAUGAAGUAUUUCAAAUCGACAUGGCAUCGACGCUGUCCAUCCUUUACGGUGUUCCGAUCCCAAAAAAUAAUUACGGCCGCACAAUGAAGGACGUCAUGAAUAUGACAAAGAUGACAAUGGAACAGCAGUUGUUUGCUUUAUAUUAUAAUUCCUUGCAGCUAAACUAUUUGCUUGAAAAUAACGAAGAAUUAAUUCACAAACCUAACAUGAUAGAACCAUUUCAUCUACACAGAAGAUGGAUCUCUCUGAACGAUAACAAAGCACCUGCCGAAGAACUUAAUACGUUAGCCAAUCAAAUCAUUCAAAAGUAUGUGGCAUACAUGGAGAGAGCGAGAGAAAUCUUGACAAAUUCGGCAACAAAGUAUAAUGUAGCCGUUCUGAUCGUCGCCAUUAUAAUCGGUUGGCAGACUGCAAUAUCACUUUGGGGUUACAUUGCGACAUUUUCUAAAGACAACCUGUUGAUUUGUUACAGUGUAGAUUUCUCUCUGAAAGAGUUAGCAAUGGUGUUUGUGUCGCUAUUGUUCUUGUACAUUUUGGAUCGUAUCUCUUCAGAAAGUGUCAUUUUUCAUUCUUGGAACACGCUAUUAGUGUCGGCCACGUUUAUCUGUUCCAGUUUACUGUUCGUAAAGUCUUUAAGUGUUCUGAAGAAGGUAUCUUUAAUUGCUUCUAUCUUAUCAUCUGAAACAAAUAUAUUCCUUGUCCUUGGUACUGCACUGUACGUGAUAUCGCUGUUAUCGUCCAGCUUUAUCGAAGAAGAACACCAAACGUGGUAUUUUAUUACAAUCUCCUACUUCAUCAUAUGUUUAUACUCAACUUUUGAAACAUCGGAAGAGUGUGAUGAAUUUAAAUGUAACUGUCAACUCUCUUGUUAUGUGUCUGCGAGAGAUUCUUCGAACAAGACCGAAUUACCUGUAUACAAUAAGAGCACAACGAGUAACAAAGUAUUAGACUAUGAAUUUGUUAAAAAUCGCAAAUUUGUUGCUAGCUUGGCAUUGAUUGUUCUGAACAGGAUCCUCCGUAGCUGGAAUCAGACGGGUAACAAAUGGGCACAUCUCUCCGACAUCGGAGAUUAUUUAAAUCUUCCGGAGAAUAAAUUGGUGCUUACGACAGUUGUAAUCUUGGCUAUCAUCUUUGUCGUGUUAUUGAUAGUCCGUAACAGAGAAUCUUUACAGUCUUACUUCUUAACCGUAUGCAUUUUGUGUGUGUACUUCUACAGAGUCUGCAGCGGACAGUUGGCAUUCUUUGUUAAAAUCGACAAAUGUGACCAAAACUACUUGAUCAAAGUGGUUUAUGUCAUCUUACUAGCAACAAUAACAAUAAAGUACUUAACGUACCUCUGCAAGUCGUAUCAAGGAGACAUAGACGAUUAUGUCGUCGAGAAAUGGAAACUACUUAGGUGUCUCGUACACUGCUGGAUAGUGUUUUCGAUCGUACUUCAUCGUCCCCACAACAUAAUGAUAGUAGCGUGUGUCAUCCUACAGGAGAAGCUUGUUGCAAAAUUACUUGCCAGCAAAAGUAUAGAAUCUAUAACUAUAGUGUAUACAUGGAUGGCCAUGUGCGCCUUCUUCUAUCAGGGUAACUCUAACAGUUUAUCAACGAUAGACGUAUCUGCCGGAUAUCUCGGAGUAUCCAGCUACCAUCCCGUACUCGUCGGUAUAUUAAUAGCGAGCAACACUUAUUCUGGAAUUGUUUUCUGGUUGCUUAUGUUAGUAUUUCGGAUUCACCAGAGGUUGGCGCUACUUAAGUGUGGCUGCGGUUCCGGAAGAUUGCCGAAAGACGUGCAGAAGUGUGCAAGCACCCUCUUGUGCAUGCGAUACCUGUCUUUUGCACUUUAUCUAGUUACUAUGCUGAUCCAAAGGUACCACUUGUUCAUCUGGACGGUCUUUACACCAAAAUUAUUGUAUGAGUGCACACACAACGUGGUUUUUUCACUGUUUUCUAUCUUCAUGCUGUUGUUUUCUUACCAGAAAAUUGAACAAUGAUAAAUUAUAUUUAAUCUAGAAACGGGUAAGUUAAGUCAUUACUUUUUAACUGUUAUUUGUGGUUUCCUGAAUUUACACAGGGUAAGAGAAAGUUCAUCGUUACUGUUUAGAUUCUGUGAUAUUUAAAUUGUUUUUCUACAAUGUUUCAAAGCAACUAAAAUU